AGCCGAAAUGAACCACAUUCUACGACCAUUAUUGGACGAGUGCGUGGUGGUGUACCUGGACGACAUCCUCAUCUACUCGCGCGACAUGAAGCAGCACGUCGAACACCUGCGACGCGUCUUCGAAAUUCUUCGACGAGAACGAUUCUACGUCAAAUUGUCCAAGAGCGAAUUCGCCCUUGAGAAAUUCCAAUUCCUAGGACACAUGGUGAGCGCUCAAGGAGUUCACGUCGACCCCAAGAAAAUUGAAGCCGUACGUACGUGGAAGACACCUGAGAACGUGAAGGAGUUGCAGCAGUUCCUAGGCUUCGCGAAUUAUUACAACAAGUUCGUGCCACAGUAUGCGAAACUCGCAGCACCACUCACGAAUCUGCUGAAGAAGAACACGCCCUACAAAUGGGAACCGAAGCACAAGGAAGCCGUGGAGCAGCCGAAACAAGCACUCACGACCGCACCGGUACUCAUCUUGCCAGAUCCCGAACGCGACUACGUAAUCGAAGCUCACGCCAGCGACCAGGCAGUGGGAGCAGUCUUAAUGCAAGAUCAGGGGAAUAGACUGCAACCAAUCGCCUACCUAAAUAAGAAACUACACGGGGCAGAACUAAACUACCUGAUACAUGACAAAGAGACCCUUGCCAUCGUCAUCACCUUCAAAGCGUGGAGAUGUUAUCUCGAAGGACAAAGAACAACCGUCUACACCGACCACUGCAGCCUGAAAUACUUGAAGACACAACCCAACCUUUCCAGGCGGCAGGUCCGGUGGAUCGACUUCCUCGAGACACACUUCCACUACGACAUCGUGUACAAGCCCGACCACACAAACAAAGCGGACGCCCUCAGCCGGCCUGCACACUUACUACUCGAAUAAUACCACGACGUCCUAUAUACCGGGAGA